UCUAAAACCCCCACAGCUCCCGCCCAAUUCAAUCACUCUCUCUCUUCCCAAAAUCCCUCACCCACUCUCUCUCUCUCGAACCCAAUUCGAACUGAAGCAACCAGAGCAAAACCCCCUUUCGGCGACAAUGAGAGAAGAAGAGAUUGAAAAGCUUCGUGGAGUAGUUCGGGACUGCGUGACGAAGCACCUCUACUCCUCCGCCAUCUUCUUCGCUGACAAAGUCGCUGCCUUUACCAAUGACCCUGCCGAUAUCUACAUGCAAGCUCAGGCUCUCUUUCUCGGCCGCCAUUACCGACGCGCCUACCACCUCCUCAAUGCCUCCCAGAUCGUCCUCCGUGACCUCCGAUUUCGCUACCUCGCUGCCAAGUGCCUGGAGGAGCUGAAGGAGUGGGAUCAAUGCAUAUUAAUGCUUGGCGAUGCGAAAGUGGAUGAACAGGGGAAUCUGUAUGACACAAAGGAUUCCAAUAUCAUGUACUUGGAUAAAGAUGGCGAAGAUCAUGAGAUCAAUAUAUCUUCUGCAAUAUGCUUUUUACGAGGUAAGGCAUAUGAAGCAUUGGAAAACCGUGUCCAGGCCCGGCAGUGGUACAAAGCUGCUAUCAAAGCCGAUCCCUUAUGUUAUGAGGCUUUGGAAUGUCUUAUUGAGAAUCACAUGCUUACAUGCGAGGAAGAGGCGAGCCUACUUUCAUCAUUACAAUUUGGUCCUGAAGAUGGAUGGCUCUCGUCAUUCUACUCAUGUUUAAUUAAAAAGUAUGACAAAGAAAAUGUUGUAGAAGCAAAAUUCAGAGAACUUGAGGAAGAAAGUUGUAGUAGUAACACUGAGCAAUCCUUCAUUUGUACUCUGAAAACCAACACCGACCUUCUAGCCUGCAAAGCUGAAUACUAUCAUCAGUGUGGUGAAUAUCAAAAAUGCUUUGAGCUAACUUCCGUACUACUCGAAAAAGAUCCUUUCCAUCUGAAAAGUACGUUGGUGCAUCUAGCAGCAGCUAUGGAGCUUGGGCAUUCGAAUGAGCUCUAUCUUAUGGCAUGCAAUCUAGUGAAGGACUAUCCUCAAAAGGCUUUAUCAUGGUUUGCUGUUGGUUGUUACUAUUAUUGUAUCAAAAAGUAUGUUGAGUCGCACCGUUAUUUCAGCAAGGCUACCAGUCUAGAUGGGACCUUUCCACCUGCUUGGAUUGGAUAUGGGAACGCAUAUGCUGCUAAAGAAGAGGGUGAUCAGGCCAUGUCGGCUUACCGCACUGCUGCUCGUUUGUUUCCAGGGUGUCAUUUACCAACUUUAUACAUUGGGAUGGAGUACAUGCGAACCCAUAGCUUUAAGCUUGCCGAGCAGUUUCUUAUGCAGGCGAAGGCUACUUGCCCAUCAGAUCCACUAGUAUACAAUGAACUUGGUGUUGUUGCUUAUCAUUUGAAGGAGUAUACUAGAGCUGUGUGGUGGUUUGAGAAAACUUUGGCUCAAAUUCCUUCCCCUUUGGGUGAAAUGUGGGAACCAACUGUGGUUAAUCUUGCUCAUGCAUACAGAAAACUGAAGAUGUAUGAUGAAGCCAUUAAAUACUAUGAGAAAGCGCUUGCAUUGUCGACAAGAAGUGUGAGUACUUAUGCAGGUCUGGCAUAUGCUUACCAUUUGCAGGAUAAUCUUAAUGCAGCAAUUUCAUUCUAUCAUAAGGCUCUAUGGCUAAAACCAGACGAUCAGUUCUGCACCGAAAUGUUAAGCUUGGCUUUAGUAGAUGAUAGCCGUCGUGGUGUGGACUCCAGAACUGAAUUUCUAGGCUUAAUUACGUUUGAUGAACGCGUUUAGUCUUGUAUGCGUGCUGUAUUUUAUGUGCAAUAGAUACCCCAGUGCCUCGGAUUUUAUCAGGUGAAGUAAUAUCUUAGGUUUUCUUGUAUCAAAGUAAUAUGUCUGAACCUGUUAGUAUCAACGUUUGAUUGUUGAAAUAGAGGUACCUGGGAGUUUAUUCA